ACUGCCUCCAAACUGCCUGGGGGGUGAUGUGCUGAAGUGGCACAGGGCAGAGCAGCAUGAGGCUCCAGCUGGAGAAGCAGCUCCUCUUCCUCUCCCUCCUCUGCAUUCUCUCCAAGGUUUGUGCCCAGCUGUGCCGGAGACCAUGCUACUGCCCCUGGGUGCCACCCCGCUGCCCCCGCGGGUCCCCCCUGGUCCUGGACGGGUGUGGCUGCUGCAAGAUCUGUGCCCGGCGCCUGGGAGAGCCCUGCGACUUCCUGCACGUCUGUGACCAGAGCCAGGGCCUCGUCUGUGACUACAGCUCAGCAUCUGCAGGGACAGGAGGCACCUGCAACUUUGAAGACGAUGAGGAAGGCUGCGAGUUGAACGGCCGGGUCUACCGAGACGGGGAGGUUUUCCAGCCCAGCUGCAAAAUCCAGUGCCAUUGCUUGGACGGGGGCUUCAACUGCAUCCCGCUGUGCCAGGAGGAUGUGCGGCUGCCCACCCCGGACUGCCCCUUCCCCCGGCGCGUGGAGAUGCCAGGGAAGUGCUGCCCGGAGUGGAUCUGUGAAGCCCAGGACCAGCACCUCCCCUGGGAUGCCAGGGCAGCCCCCGGGGCAGUGUCCCCGCUGCUGCGCUCCCCCUGCCCGCCGUGGGGCACGGAGUGGAGCGCCUGCUCGGCCACCUGCGGGCUGGGCUUUGCCACCCGCGUGUCCAACCAGAACCGCUACUGCCGGCUGGAGACUCAGAGGCGGCUCUGCACGGCCAGACCCUGCCCGGCCCUGCCCGCAGCGUUCCCGGCGCCGAUGGCGGGUGCAGACCAGAAUUUUGGGGUGUCUGGAUGUCUGAAUCCAGGAGCACUGUGGAUCCCACACAGAGGGGAAGAGGAGGUCGUUUGUAGCUGUGCCCACCCCGGAUUCACCCUGGAGCCAACGCCUCAUCCCGGCAAAGAGUCUGGCACAAACCCAUGGCACUGUGGUUAUGGUGAAGAUGAAGGGUGUUUCCACUGGGAAAACAGAGAAGAAAUGAUGGACUUCGGCUGCAAAGGAGGUUGGAAGCAGAGAACAAGAUCCCUGUGUCACACAUCACCUGCCUCCUCUGUACACUCCGCUGCCCCAGGCAGGGUUACUGGGCAGCAUUCCGAGUUCCUUAGGCUGAAUGAAAUGGGAAAUGGGGAAAUCCUUAUGCUCCAAGCAUAAACCCACCCAAGAAACCAGGAAUUGGUCGUUUUCUGGAUCACUGGGGCUUCUGAAGAGAUGAUGCUGCUUCUCCACCACAUCAUGCAGCUCUGCUUUGCAGGGACUUCAAGAGAGACCACCUCCUGGCGCCUGGAAGCCAAAAUCCCAGGAGGAAACCCUCAUGCCCUGGUCCCCCAGGGAGGGAGCAGGUCAUCAAGCUGCACCCCGCAAGUCACUGCCACACCAGGCUGAGCUGCUCAACCAUGCAGGAGCUCAGCCAGCCCAUGGUACCCGCCCUGCCUUCCCGGGCACGGGCAGGGUCCUCCUGAUGGCAGCUCUAACUCACCUUCCCCUCAUCCCUCCAGAAUAAACACGAGCCUUCCCGCUCUGCCUGGCCUCCUCCUCUCCAAAGCGCUGGUGGUUUGGCAGGGCUCCGGCAAGCGAGGAGCUCAGACAGCGGAUCCUCCGCCCCGCAGCACCAGACAUUCCCCGCCUGCCAUCCAAGCACAUUCCCCGCGAGCCGGGGCCGAGGGAAAAGCAGGGAAGAGGGAAAACAAAUCGCAAAGAUGAGUCGGGGCCGUCUCCCGACGGGCUGGAGCUGCUCCAGCCGUGCAGGAGUCGGCGCAGGAGAGCUGCUCGGCUGCUCUGGCUGCGCUUUCUCCCAGUAAAAAGUCCUUGUGGGUGAUGGAAAAUGAAACCCAAAUGCCCUCUAACGGCCUGGCACAAACGUGCAGAGGGAAGGCGCGUUCCGCCGCGGCAAGGGCAGUGGAAGGAGCAGCGGUUUGGGUGACGUGUCCAGGUGAGAGACGGACUUCUUAGAUGGGUAUUUCUGGGACUAAAAAUAAAGAUGUGCUCAUCCAGGUCUGGAGCUUGUCUGUGCAGGGCGAGCCCAGCCCUGCUGCUCAGGGCCAGCUCGGUGGGUGCAGGAAAGUCCUGGCACAGGGUGGGGCAGCUUGGAGGCACCUCAAUUCAGGCUGCUUAGAGUAAGAGAAGGAAAAAGAAAAAAAAUGUGAAUCAAAGCACUAAACACAUUAUUCCAAUUUAUUACAUCCUGGGUUAAAUCCUUCACUCUCACCCAGCCAUAAGCUCUGCUGAUGGCACCAGCUCUGGCCAUAGCAGUGCCCAGGCCUCCAGUGUUGGGAUGCAGGAGAGCAGGGCAGGGCAUGGCACUGCUGCUGCAUCUGCAGCCACAGGCACAGCCUCUCCUGAGCUCCCAAAAAUCAAUGCCCAAACUCCCCUGUAGCUCAUCCCUCCUACUGCCAGGCCCACGCCUCCUCCAGUUCCCCUGGGCUGGGAUUUCCCCAGCAUGGUGCAGCCACCAUCAGCUGCCUGUGCUGCUGACCAGGGCAGGUCUGGGGGUGAAGGGGCAAAAGGAUGAAUGGCAGGGGGAGCUCCUCUCUCCAGCCCAAGGAAAAGCCUCCCCUGCAGCAGCAGAAACGGCAGCAGGGCCACGGUAACUCACUCACUCCCUCAGGC